AAGAAAGUUAAAAACCUUAGAAGGAGUAGUGACAAGGUUUUGUCAUGAUUAUGGCAUGAUAGAUGACUUUAUCUGCUUCACAAAUGAUGCUGUAAUGAGUAGUAUACCACUGAAUGUUGGACAGAAAGUCAUUGCCAUUUUUGAAGAGGAUAAAAUAUCUAAUGGAUUAAAGGCUAUCAGGGUAGAACCUGUCUUCAACAAUUGGGAUGAUGAUAGUGAUCCAACUUGUGGUUCUUCUAAAUCAAACACAAAAAUGUUAAUUGGCAACAUUACAUCUCUCACUGAGAGCAGUGGCUAUAUUAAUCAAACCACCUUUUUUACAGUGGAAGAGGUUUGUGAAGGAUUUGAACCUUAUAAAGGCGAUUGGGUACAAGCUGAAUAUUUUAUUAAUCCAACAACAUGGAGCAGUGAAGCAGUCUCUAUAAAGCCACUUAGAUACAAGCGAAUGGACAAGGUUCGUAUUUCCAGUGUUUCUGGAAGAACUGGUGUUGUAGAUGAUAGCAUAUUUUUCACUCUGGAUUCGCUAAGACUUCCUGAUGGUUAUUCACCUUGUAAAAAUGAUAUGGUCAAUGUAGUGAUUGUGGAGAGUAACCAGUCAUGUUACAUUUGGAGAGCACUCUGCAUGGCCCCAGCAGACAAGAAUGGACUAUCUCCCUCUAAUGAAAUAAAUGUGGAUGAGCCAUACAAAAAUAUAAUGAAAGACAAAGAAGGAUUGGAGGUCACAAAAAUGACUAAUUUUGGAAUGCUUAAGCUAGGGGAGAAUAAGAAUUUAAUCAUCUGGAUAGAGAAUAAAGGAAAUGAACCACACUCCUUAAUCAGUUGCAGAUUAGCUGGCUGGGUAAAAGAAAAGCAGUUUAGCUUUCCAGUGCCUGAAAAAGACCAGAAGAAUUCACUGUCUUCCUCGUCCCUUCCUGUAAAACAUGAGAGCCUCUCAAAAGGAGUCAUUAAGUUACUUGAUGAAAGCAGCAAAAUGGUUUGGCAGUCAUUGAAUAACACAGCAGUUACCUGGAACGGAGUCCUGAAAGAAGAAACUAAUUCCAAGGAUCCAAAUUUAGCAAGACAGAAUGAAAACUGUGUUGGAGAAAAUAAAAAGCCAUGCAACAGAGAAAAUGGACAAAGAGAAAGUGUGAAAAAACUACCAGUACUUGAGGUUGAAGCUAGUGAGGAAAUCUCCAUACCACCAGGUGGAAAGACUUCCAUUGUGAUCAUGUGUACUGCAAUAAACCCUGGGCACUGCAAAGAACUCCUGUUGCUUUGUUUUUCUGAUUUUAUUAUUGGACGUUAUCUUGAAGUGACUGUAAUAAAUGAAGAAGAAUUACUAAUAGCUGCCACUCGACCAUUCUCUUCAAGAAAGCAUAACAUUACUACAGAGCCUCAAAACUUAAAGACAACCGUGGUUAUAACAGAACGUAACAGAAGAAACUGUAGAAGACAGCUUCCAAGCUUCCUUCCACAUUAUCCUAUACCAAGUAGUUUAAGACGAUGUGUCGAACAGAAAUUGGACAUACUGCUUUUUCAACCUCUUCUUGCGGAGCCGUUGAGUCUAGCUAACUAUAAAGCAAAGUUUUCUGCUGUGCUGUGGCUUGAGGAGAUCCAAGCUGAAAUGGAGAUCAAAGACUACAGCAUGUAUGGAAUCACUUUGAAAAGGAAUGGGAGCUACUUGGUCCUGGAGGUGCCUGGUUUGGCAGAAGGCAGGCCUUUCCUAAAUAUAGGUGACAAAGUGAAAUUAAAAAGUCAAGAAUAUUCUGAGCAUAGAAUAGAGUAUAUUAGCUAUAUUACAGAGAUUCAUGAAGAAGAAGUUGCUCUUAGACUUAACCCAGAACUUGUACAGUCUUACAACUCAGAACCAGUAGACAUAGAAUUUACAUUCAACAGGGUUACCAGCCGUCGAUGCCAUUUUGCUGUUGAACAAGCCAUCUAUCUGGGUGAAAAAGUGUUAUUUCCAGAGAGUCUCGUUUUACAGUCUCCACAAGCUAUCAAGACUUGGCAUAAUAUGGGAUAUCAUAUUACCGAUGGACAUAAACAGAAUUCCAUGCAAGCAGACAAGGUUAAGAAAAUGCAGAAUAAACAAACAAAGUGCCUGGUUUCAGAGAAAAACACAACUGAUAUGGUGACCGUUGCUACACAGACAAUCAUGGAAGUCAUGACACCCAAGAUGAGAGACUGCGAAUUUUUCAAUCCUGUGCUGAAUGAGCAUCAGAAAUUAGCAGUGAAAAGAAUCCUCAGCGGUGAAUGUCGUCCAACUCCUUAUAUUCUCUUUGGACCACCAGGAACUGGGAAGACUGUAACAAUAAUAGAAGCUAUUUUACAGAUAUAUUAUACUUUACCAGGCAGUCGAAUUUUGGUCUGCGCACCAUCUAACAGUGCAACAGAUUUAAUUUGCCUACGACUGCAUGAAAGUAAUCUGCUAAAACCAGGAGCUAUGGUUAGAGUUAAUGCUAGCUGCAGAAGUGAGGAGGCAAUCAGUGAUACAGUGAAACUUUAUUGCAAAGAUGGGGAAGACGUUUGGAAAGCAUCACGGUUUAGGAUAAUAAUCACCACAUGCAGCAGUGCGGGAAUGUUUUAUCAAAUAGGAAUAAGGUGUGGACAUUUCACGCAUGCACUUGUGGAUGAAGCAGGGCAGGCAAGUGAACCAGAAUGCCUGAUUCCUCUUGGAUUGAUUUCAGAAGUUAAUGGACAGAUAGUUCUUGCCGGGGAUCCAAUGCAGCUCGGACCAGUAAUCAAAUCUAGACUUGCAGUUGCUUAUGGAUUAGAUUCAUCCAUGCUGGAAAGACUAAUGGCAUUGUCUCUUUAUUUGAGAGAUGAGGAUACUUUUGGUGUUUGUGGAUCAUAUAAUCCUCUGCUGAUUACAAAGCUUGUGAAGAAUUAUAGAUCACAUUCUGCUUUGCUUGCUUUGCCAUCUAAACUCUUUUAUCAUAAAGAGCUGGAAGUUUGUGCAGAUAUUUCAGUAGUAACUUCUUUGUUGGGUUGGGAAAGAUUACCCAGGAAGGGGUUUCCACUAAUUUUUCAUGGCAUGAAGGGCAAUGAAACGCGUGAAGAACACAACCCAUCUUGGUUUAAUCCUACAGAAGCAGUUCAAGUAGUGCGUUAUUGUUGCCUUCUUGCUAAAAAUCUAAGCAGUGCCGUGUCAGUGAGUGAUAUUGGAGUGAUUACACCAUAUCGUAAACAGGUAGAAAAAAUUCGAUUUCUUCUGCGAAAUGUGGAUUUGAUGGAUAUUAAAGUUGGAUCUGUAGAGGAAUUUCAAGGGCAGGAGUACUUGGUUAUUAUAUUAUCUACUGUACGGUCAAAUGAAGUAGUCUUUGAAAGAAACUACCUGGGAUUCCUCUCUAAUGCGAAACGAUUUAAUGUAGCCAUUACCAGAGCAAAGGCUUUACUAAUUGUGGUUGGAAAUCCUCAUGUGCUUGUAAAAGAUCCCUGUUUUAAUGCACUUUUGGAGUACAGCUUGGAAAAUGGAGCUUAUGUAGGCUGUGAUUUGCCUUCUGAGUUGGAGUCUCUGCAACAGCAUGAAUAAUUUCCAGUAUUCAAGAUGUUACCAAGAAGUGCUUCUGCAAAUUUUUCAGUCUGCAAGCCAGAAUUUGGUCCAUAGCAGACUUGGUAUAAUUGGUUUCACUAAAAUGCAUUGUAUUCUAUAUUGCUAGGAUUCCUUAACUUUAAAAGGGAAGUGGGGUGUUUAUUUGAACCACAAACAAAAGUUAAGAUUUUGUGUUAACAUUAACAUUUGCAGCACUCUAUAGAAACACUGUGCUGCAUGUUGUGAUGUACCUGCAUCUUAAAGACUUCUCCAGCUGAAAUUUAAAAAGGACAAGGACGAAAUGUUAAUGUUUACCUGU